CAAGAUGUCUCUGCACAGGGUUCAAACUAUCCAAGCAUUGUGUCAAACGGUUGAGUCUUGGGUUUGACAGUGCAGCAUUGUCUCUUGAUCGAACGUCUUGAUCUUAAAACUGUAAAUGAUUUCUAGCGAUAACGAACCGGUUCGUAAAGAAAAAUGUCCUCAGCUUACUGGCGCGUAGAGAUGCGUGGUGGUGUUUGCCUUUUGCGAUGAAUCGUACACCAAAAAGCGUCAGCCUGUGGCCGUGGGAUGCAAGUUCUGCUUUUUUUCCUCAUGCUGGGUGAGUCGCUCUCGUAUGAACGGCCUCUUUGCUGCUGUAGAGAGAGGAAAAUUUAUCACAUCAGGUAUAAAACUUGUUAACGUCGCCUGUUUCUCUUUUCACUAGUGAACAUCUUAUAGAGGUGCACCGUCUAUUAUGAAAUUCUCCCUCUCUCUGAAGUAUAACUCCGUGCCAGAAUGGCAGGACAAGUAUAUCAAUUACCCGGGCCUGAAGAAGCUCAUUUAUUCGCUUCAGGCGAAGCAAUUGGAGAGUUCAGGGUCAACGAGUGCGGCCAAGGAGUCGUCUAGCUCUUCGUUGGCGGAGCCAAGCUCUGCUGCCAGAAGAUAUAUCCCAUCGCACCCAAGGAAAUGGCUGAGAAAGGGCAAGGAUGCUACCGAAACCACAACUGUUGAGCUCGAGGACAUGGCGACCUUGACCCCGGAGGAUGUGUUUCUCGAGAAGCUGACCGAGGAGCUGGAGAAGAUUGACCAAUUCUACAAGUCACAGGAGCAUGAACUGUACAUCCAGUACGACCAACUGAUCCAGGCUCUAGAGAUUUCAAGCAUCCAUCUCAUUGACCGUGAUAAUUUGCUGAAUGACAACAAGUCUGUUCUCAGUAACAAGUCCUCUGUUGCACAAGAGAUUAUCCACGCUGCCAAGUCGUUCAACUUGGAUAUCGAAAACGACUACUGUGAUGUCAUGUCUUCAAGAACCCGUAUGGAAUUUGACGAGGAUGAAGACGAUGACGACCACUUGAAUAUGAAGACACAGAAGAAGAUCACACUGAAGAAGCAGACGACACAGUUGUUUGUUGAUCUGUCCCAGUUGAAGUCUUUCAUUGAGCUGAACAGAAUCGGAUUCAGCAAGAUUGCGAAGAAAUUCGACAAGCUGUUGAAUGACAACAUCAGAGAUCGCCUGUUCGAAAGCAACGAGUUCUUCACAGACUCUUACACUUUCCAGCUGAACACCCUCACUCAUUUGGACAACAAGCUCAACAACCUCAUCGAAGUUUAUGCCUCCUUGACGGGCCGUUUGGACGAUUUAGAAGGUUGUAAAACUGAACUGAGAUCGUACCUUCGGGAACUUAUAGUCUGGGAGCGUACCACUGUCUGGAAGGAGAUGUUGGGAAUGGAAGCCCGUACAAAUGAUCUAAAAGGUGCCACGACUGACAUCUCGCAACAGAAUGAGUUAUUCCAAUUGGAGUACUAUUCUUGGCCGUUGCCUUACAAGGUGAACCUGUACUUCACUAAAUGGGAAAACUUCAAAAUUCCAAAGUUUCUCAACACUUCAAGAACUUAUAAGCUGGCUAUCAUUAUUACAAUCACGGGUAUAUUGCUUGGUGUGAAGACUUUCCAUGACGAGGCACAGCAUAGAUGUAUGGCUUUGUUAGCUUGUGUCGCACUUCUAUGGGCUACUGAAGCUAUCCCACUGUUUGUUACUUCUCUGUUAUGUCCUCUUUUGAUUGUUAUGUUCAAAGUCUCCAAAGACAGCGAAGGAAAUGUCUAUGGCGCAGCUGAUGCUUCUUCGUACAUCCUAUCACAAAUGUGGUCUUCCACUAUCAUGGUGCUUCUCGGUGGUUUCACGUUAGCUGCUGCUUUGUCCAAGUACAACAUUGCGAAGAUUGCAGCCUCUUGGAUUCUUGCGGGUGCAGGGACAAAGCCUAGAAACAUCUUGUUGUCAAUCAUGGGUGUGGCACUUUUCUUAUCUAUGUGGAUCUCUAACGUUGCAAGUCCAGUCUUAUGUUAUUCGUUGAUUCAAGGAGUUCUCAGAACUUUGGAUACUGAUUCUCCGUUUGCAAAGGCAUUAAUUCUGGGUGUUGCUCUCUCUUCUAACAUUGGAGGUAUGCCAUCUCCUAUUGCAUCACCACAGAACAUCGUUGCUAUGGAAUACCUUGCCAAUUAUAACGUUGGCUGGGGUCAGUGGUUGGGUGUUGCUAUUCCAGUAGGUAUCGUUUCCCUGUUCCUUGUCUGGAUUCUUCUUAUCCUCACAUUUAAAAUCAACGAUGCUAAGGUGAUGAAGUACAAGCCAAUCAAAGAGAAAUUAACCAUUAAGCAAUGGUAUGUCAUUUUCGUUUUCAUUGGUACUAUCAUCCUUUGGUGUGUUGAAUCCCAGAUAGAAUCAGAAUUCGGUUCAGCAGGUUUAAUUGCAGUUUUCCCUAUGGUACUUUUCUUUGGAACUGGAUUACUCGCAACCUCUGAUAUCAACAACUUCCCAUGGUCCAUUGUCAUUCUUGCAAUGGGUUCUUUAGCAUUGGGUAAAGCAGUUUCAUCUUCAGGCUUGCUUGCCACCAUUGCAACUGCUUUGCAACGUCGUAUCAGUGAUUACUCUAUUCAUGUUAUCUUGAUCAUCUUUGGUAUUCUGAUCUUGGUCAUUGGUACCUUCGUGUCACAUACAGUCUCCGCUAUCAUCAUCAUUCCAUUAGUUCAGCAGAUUGGUGAAGCUUUACCGAAUGCUCAAAGCUCAACUGCCAUUUUGAUCUUUGGAACUGCUCUAUUGUCAUCUUGUGGUAUGGGUCUUGCAUCGAGUGGUUUCCCAAACGUCACUGCCAUCAGUAUGACGGAUGAGGUGGGUAAUAGAUAUCUGAGUGUGACUAAUUUUAUCACUAGAGGUGUGCCUGCAAGUUUCCUCUGUUAUUUUGUUGUUAUAACAGUUGGCUAUGGUAUUAUGAAGGCAACUUUACACGGUUAAUGUUAAGGAAUGUGUGAUUAUUAAUGAUACAAAAUUUGGUUUAUUUAUAGAUUAAUUGUAGUUAAUCUUGGUGUUCAAACUAGU